AUGGCGGGUCUGCACACCUCCCUCCGCCCCCAACCACCGUCCUCGGCCGCUAACCACCAUUCCUUCGUCGCCAAGCUUUUACUCCUCCUCACCGUUCUCCCUCUCUCCCUCGCCAUCUUCGCCUUCCUCCUGCAAUGGCGCGGGGGCGGCGUAGACGAUCCCAUUUCGCGAUGGUCGCCCGAGGAGGCCCACAAGUUCCCGGGAAUGGAUUCUUCCCCCCUGCCGACGGUUGGUCACUCUUCAUCUCAUUCGUCUGAUUGUUCCAUGCUGCUUGGGCACUCCACGACGGCGUCGUUUCCGUAUUUCAGGGAUUGGAAGUUCAAAUUCGAUGCCGAUCUUAAGCCCAAGAUAUGUAUUACAACAAGUACAUCUGCAAGCUUGGAGCAGAUUUUGCCAUGGAUGUAUUAUCAUAAGGUUAUUGGGGUUUCAACCUUUUUCCUUUUUGUUGAAGGGAAGGCUGCAUCUCCUGCGGUGUCCAAAGUUCUUGAAUCCAUUCCGGGAGUUAAAGUGAUAUACAGAACCAAAGAACUGGAGGAACAACAAGCUAAGAGCCGAAUCUGGAAUGAAACUUGGCUGUCAAGUUUCUUUUAUAAGCCUUGCAAUUAUGAGCUUUUCGUGAAGCAGUCCUUAAACAUGGAGAUGGCAAUUAUUAUGGCAAGGGAGGCAAGCGUGGACUGGAUACUUCAUCUUGAUACUGAUGAACUGAUGCAUCCAGCUGGUGCCCGAGAAUAUUCUCUGAGGCAAUUGUUGAGUGAAGUGCCUGCAAAUGUGGACAUGGUUGUUUUUCCCAACUAUGAAAGUAGUGUUGAACGAGAUGACAUCAAGGACCCUUUCACGGAGGUCUCGAUGUUCAAAAAAAACUAUGAUCAUUUAACAAAAGAUACUUAUUUCGGUAUGUAUAAAGAAUCUACACGUGGCAAUCCCAACUACUUUUUGACAUAUGGGAAUGGCAAAUCUGCUGCUCGGAUACAAGAUCAUCUUCGGCCUAAUGGUGCACACAGAUGGCACAAUUACAUGAAAACUCCAAAUGAAGUGAAACUGGAAGAGGGUGCAGUCUUACAUUACACAUAUUCCAAAUUCUCUGACUUGACUUCUAGACGGGACCGAUGUGGUUGCAAGCCUACAAAAGAGGAUGUGAAACGAUGCUUUAUGUUGGAAUUCGAUAGAUCUGCAUUUAUAAUUGCUUCUACUGCAACGGAGGAGGAGAUGCUAAACUGGUAUCGGGAACGUGUUGUGUGGACUGAUAAAACUCUCAAUGUAAAAUUGUUAAGGAAGGGAAUCUUAACACGUAUCUACGCUCCCAUGAUUAUAAUCCAAGGCCUAAGGGAAUCUGGUACAUUCAGUUCCAUCAUUGCUUCUGCUCAAGGGUCGUUAUCAAAGGACAAAUUCUUAGCAUCUGUUGAGAGCAGUAAUUCCUCACGGUCCUCUGGAUCUCUAAAUUCAAGAAAGAUGGGCAGAAACACGGAAUCCCGAUCAACGGUCAGAAGAGUUCUAGAAAUCGACUCUCCAUUGCAUGAAGUGGCUGUGCCACCGCUAUCUCCGCCUGGCAUGGAUGACGCCCCCAAGAUUGAAGCUUAA